GCAGCUUCGACAGGGAGCUUAAAAACUGUCAGGUGAAAAAAACAAAAAGGAAAGAAGCUCGGGAACAAGAAUUUCCAAACUGCACAUGGAGAGAUUUCCUUGAAAAAAUAUUUAGGCUAAAGGUUAGUGACAGAUUUAAAAUUUGCAAGUCUAUAAAAUAAGACACUUUUUGGGACAUUUUCUUUUCUCAAUUGGGCCAAGAAAGAAAAAUAAGACAUGUCUCUGGAGGUGAAGGAGAAGACACACGUGCGCCUAGUGUUUCUGGGAGCAGCAGGCGUGGGGAAGACGGCCCUUAUCAGACGCUUUCUCCAAGACACAUUUGAGCCCAAACAUCGGCGUACUGUGGAGGAGCUGCAUAGUAAAGAAUAUGACAUUGGCGGGGUCAAGGUCACCGUGGAAAUCCUGGACACCAGCGGUAGCUACUCCUUCCCCGCCAUGCGCAAGCUCUCAAUCCAAAGCAGUGAUGCCUUCGCACUGGUGUACGCUGUGGAUGACCCAGAAUCACUGGAGGCUGUCAAGAGCCUCCGAGAUGAGAUUCUUGAGAUCAAAGAGGACAAGUACACACCAAUCGUGGUGGUGGGAAACAAGGUGGACAGAGAAGAGGAGCGUCAAGUGUCCAACGAGGAUGUGCUAUCAACUGUAGAGAUGGACUGGAACAACAGUUAUGUGGAAACUUCAGCAAAGGAAAAUUCCAAUGUCGUUGAAGUGUUCAAGGAGCUCCUGCAACAGGCAAACCUUCCCAGCCGCCUCAGCCCCGCACUACGUCGACGCAGGGAGACCUUUCCAAAAGACACCAAUUUUCGGCCACCCAUGAACAAGACCAACAGCUGUAUUUUGUCAUAGUGAGUGUCACAGGAGGGGAGAUGGUGUUUUGCUUCACAAAAAGCCAGGGUGGAUGAGAAUAUGGAAGGUAUGUUGUGAAACUCAGUGCUGCUGGACAGAGAGAAUGAGAGAGAAACCUGGACAUCAUAAGAGCUGCCUGGCAAAAAAAGCACUUCAGGAAGAAGAAAAUAAGUACAGACCGAACCUAAACAGACUGCUACCUUAUGAAUAUCUGUGAACCUAAAAUUAAAUGGAGAGAAUUAAUUAGAUGUGUACUUGAUGUAACGUUGUUGCUGCUUAUUUGGUGACAUGCUGCUGGUGUUCAGAUCACUGUAAAGCGAUUGAAUUUCAAUGUAAAAAGUUCCUCAUGUUAAGCUAUCUGGACUGUUGCUAUCCUUUGUUUACUAAGGGGAAGUAUGUGUAUAUAUGUAUCAGGUGUGGCCUCUGCAAAAGUUGUAUAUCUCAUGUAAUUUUUUUUAACUUAGUGAUUCACCUGUAGCACAUGAUACUGUUUGCAUUUUUUUAAUUGGGAUUUUCUACUAAGCAUAACAUUACCCUUGUAUUUUUAAAAAAAACCUGUGGUCAAAUGGAAAUAUAAAUGCACUUAUCAUUUUGAUGUGGCCAUUCAAAAUGCUUGUUUUUAUAAAUUUCUUUUUUUUUUAUCAUCACAUGUAUGCAUAUAUUUUUUAGCUGUUUAUUUAACAAAUGUAUGUGGAAUAGUGUCUUUAAUGUGUAAUAAAAGCGAAAAGCAAAACUUGUGAAAAUGUUGCUGUUUCUGUAAAUAAACAUAUCUAGGUACAUAAUUAAAGACAUGAAAAACAGAUAAGCAUUGAUAUGUAUGUGAAGAUGUACAACAUCAAUUUUAUUCCGCCCAUGCAAUUCAGAGGGGCUGGACCCUUUACCAGCUGUCAUAGGGCGAAUGAUAGGAAUACACCCUGGACAAAUCACCAGCCUGUCACAAGGCUAACACAGAGAGACAGACAACCAUUCACGGCUACAGCCAAUUUCAAAAUGCUCAUGCACAUCUUUGGACUGUAGGAGGAAGAUGGGAGAGAACCCAAACAAGCAAAGGGAGAACAUGCAAACACUACACUGAAAUGUCCCAGCAGGCCAGUGGAUUUAAACCCAGGGCUUUCCUUCUGUGAUGCAACAGUGUUAACCACAGCACCGGAAUUAUUAAUUACACUAAAGGAUGUCAGGAUCUUACAAAUUAAUAAGGUAGUAAUAAGGUAACAAAAUAACCCAAAAGACAAUAGAAACUGUGCUGAUAAAAAAUAGUGUAUACAUAAAGUUGGAAGCCAAAAAGAAGACUUAAUUGUCACAAGAUUAAUACAGCAAAAAUUAUUUUCUAGAACAUUGGUUUUGGAGUCUUAUAGCCCUCUUAUAACACAAAAAGCUAAACUGAAAAGUAUAAUUACAUAAUAUCAGAUGGUUAAAUAUGAUGCAGUAAAACUUAGAAGCAUCUCUUUGUUAGUGCCAUGCAUACAUUAUAGGACUGUAAAGACUGUUUGUUUUGGGUGAGGCCCCAGCAUGCUCCAUCUACCAUUGCCUUUGCAUGGGCAGUCAUAAAAUUACAAAAUGAAGUAUUCACUGUUCACUCUUCUUGUUACUCAUUUUCUUGUGACAAGUGAUUUAAACAAAACAAAAAAUGAGAACAUCCGGUAAAAGCAAUUGUUAUUAGAGCAAUUUGUGCUCUAAAUUUAUUGACUGCGCAAGCCUGCCAGUAUUUUCUGACCUCUGUUGCCAUCUGCUGGUGAAAAACACACAUUACAUUAACUCAAUGUGGGUAUGCUAUAUUUACUGUGGUACCAGCAAACAAGGUUAUAUACAGGUUAAAUACAACCUUUAUAAACAGACAUAUUUAAGGCAGGCCUACUGAGGAAAAGGAUUUUAAGUAUGACACCAAAACACCUGCAGACCAAUCUAUUAAUAAAAUAAAUGACUUUUACAUCUCCUCGAACUACGCGUUAAGAUGAAAGCAACUUUAGCAUGGGUUAGUAAGGUCAGCACUACUGACGGACUCCACCCCUGAGGCAAUGGUAGACAAAGUUAGGCAAAACAAAUGAAACCUCUCAUUAGCAUCACAACAUUUGAAUACUGAACAGUUGUGCAGUACUAGCGUGUAGCUGGCUGACAACACAGAUCAUUAUGCAGUUCCUGAAAUAGCUGUGCAUGGUUCCCCUACAUGCAACUGGGAGACAGUUGUAGUUCUGGUCCGAACACCCACCCCCCCCCAAUCAGAUUAGACUGAACAAAGUUUCCUGUUUUAAUUUGAGGAAGUGGCCUGGUAAACGUUUGUGGGCAGUUCCUCUUUCAGUCCACAUUUAAACAUUCUUCCGCACUCUGCUCUUGCUCAUUUGCGAAGGAAGAGAGGCCUAACAGCUUCACAGUCACGCAGGUGUGUGCUUUUGUCAUCUUGUUACAUGGAGUUGUACUUUAAUUUACAACAAGGAAUAGCUUAAGGUCUUUAAAAUACAUGUACAUAUUUUAUUAUCCCACUGAGAAUGCUUUUAUUAAUGCUAAACGAUCAUAUUUACUGGGAUGGUGACUAUUUAUACAGGUCUGACUUUUUUUUUCCAAUAACACGUCUCUGCCCCUAGACUUGGUCAAAGCUCCUCAGCAGAUUGAAGUGACUCUGAGGCGUUUAGAACAAGUUCAGGGUCUUGGACAGAAACACAAAGAUUACGAAAUGUCUGCGUGGUGCCCGCAUGUGAAAAUGUAGUUAUUUAAAUGUUUUGUCUCUUUGUAGAAAAACAAAACCUGCCACAUGUCUAUAUUUACUCAUUUGUGAGUCAUGUUUCGAUGAGUAAUACACUUAUAGAUUUGCCUUUUUUGAAUAAUGUUGAAAAAAGUCACCUGAAAACUACAUUCAAUUUUAAUUAACACAAAGCAGCAUCCACUAUUAAAGUUUCUGCUUUAAACUUGAAAUUCUGAUCAUCUAGUUUACUUUACAUUGCUUGCAAAAGAUUUCUAUUCUCAGAAUUUAUUUUAAAAAAGAAAAUCUCAACGGCCUGGCUCCAAAACCACAAAUCAUUUUUCCCCUUCCUUAUCUGGACUGCAUUUCAUUUCCUCCUAAGUAUUGUGCGUUAUCACAUAUGACAACUGUUAAAGUAUUAAUCAUGAAGUAUUGUAAACCAACUGCAGGUGGUUACUUCAUGCUUUUCCAUGCUUCACAUAAACAGCCGCCUGAACAGUGACUGAAACUGCUACCGAGAGUUUCAGUUCAGGUGUGAAGCCGCUUUACUGUAGUUUUCUGGCAGUUCCACAAAAAUCUUCACACAUCUAUGGUAAAAUACAAAUG